AUGGCUGGUGGUAACGUCAUCGAGAUUACUUCCAAGGAAGAGUGGGAGUCCAAGGUCAUCAACUCCUCCGAGCCCGUCCUCGUCGACUUCUUCGCCGAGUGGUGCGGUCCCUGCAAGGCCAUCUCCCCGAAGAUCGAGGAGUUCUCCGAGGAGCACUCCGGCGUCAAGUUCUACAAGGUUGAUGUUGACAAGCUCGGCGAGGUCGCUGCCGAUAACGGCAUUUCCGCUAUGCCCACCUUCCUUUUCUUCAAGGAUGGCAAGCAGAUCGAGAUGGUCCGUGGUGCCAACCCUCCCGCCAUCAAGGCUGCUAUCCAGAAGUUGCUUUAA